GAAGGAACAAGCUUUCUUUAUUGACGGAAACAUUUGCCUACUUCACUCCGCCCUCUCUUCAUCUUUCUUCUGUCACUAUUCUCUUCGUCUUCUGUGAUAGUCCAGAGUACCAAAGGUGACGGCUUUUUGGUGGUUUAUGAGAAUGGGGGGCGGGGCAAAACCCUACUCCGACGUGUGGAAGCUGUGCCAGCCAUGUUGGAAGCGGAUUAACUUCGUUCCCCUGGUCGUCGUCGCCAUGUUCUGCUCCGCCUCGUACUUGCUCGGCAUCUGGCAGCACAUCGGUGGCGCCACCGUACUUACCGCUAUCUCCUGCGACAGGAAGGCCACCGACGCCUCGUUCGUCGUAGGCGGCGCGCCGACGCUGGACUUCGCCGCACACCACGCGGCCGACGAGUCCGACGCGGCGAUACCGGCGGCGCGGGAGUUCACCGCCUGCGACGCAAAGUACUCCGAGUACACGCCCUGCGAGGACCGGGACCGGUCGCUGCGGUUCGACCGCGACCGGCUUAUCUACCGGGAGCGGCACUGCCCGGAGAAGGGGGAGCUCCUCAAGUGCCUGGUCCCGGCGCCGGCGGGGUACAGGAACCCAUUCCCGUGGCCGGCAAGCAGGGACGCCGCGUGGUUCGCGAACGUGCCGCACAAUGAGCUCACGGUCGAGAAGGCGGUCCAAAACUGGAUCCGGGUCGACAGGGACAAGUUCCUGUUCCCCGGCGGAGGAACCAUGUUCCCGGACGGCGCCGACGCGUACAUCGACGACAUCGACCGGCUCAUUCCGCUGCGUGAUGGGUCCAUCCGGACGGCCAUAGACACCGGCUGCGGGGUGGCGAGCUGGGGAGCUUACCUUCUAUCGCGCAACAUUCUAACGAUGUCUUUUGCGCCGAGGGACUCCCACGAGGCCCAAGUCCAGUUCGCGCUGGAGCGCGGCGUCCCAGCCAUGAUCGGUGUGCUCGCCUCCAACCGCCUCCCCUACCCCUCCAGGGCGUUCGACAUGGCCCAUUGCUCUCGGUGCCUCAUCCCAUGGCAUCUCUACGAUGGGCAGUACUUGAUCGAAGUCGACCGCGUCUUGCGACCUGGUGGCUACUGGAUCCUGUCGGGACCGCCGAUCAACUGGAAGCGGCAGUGGAAGGGAUGGAAGAGAACCGAGGCGGACUUGAGCGCCGAGCAAUCUGCCAUCGAAGCCGUCGCCAGGAGCCUCUGCUGGAAGAAGCUGAGGGAGAAGGGCGACAUUGCAGUUUGGCAGAAACCAACCAAUCACAUCCACUGCAAAGCCAGUAGGAAGGUCAUCAAGUCACCGCAGUUCUGCCACGGUCAGAAUCCUGACGCCGCUUGGUAUACCAAGAUGGAGACUUGCAUCGCACCCCUGCCCGACGUGACCGGCAUCAGAGAGACCGCCGGCGGGGAACUGAAGAAGUGGCCCGAGAGACUGACGGCGGUGCCACCAAGGAUUGCUAGUGGAAGCCCGGAUGGAGUUACACCAGAAACGUUUAGGCAAGACACCGAGCUAUGGAAGAAGAGACUCGGGUACUACAGGACAGUGAUCAACCAGCUGGGGCAGAAGGGUAGAUAUCGGAAUCUGCUCGACAUGAACGCUAAGUUUGGUGGGUUUGCUGCCGCCCUAAUUGACGACCCAGUUUGGGUCAUGAACGUCGUCCCGACCGCGGCCAACACCAACACACUCGGAGUCAUCUACGAGCGCGGGCUGAUCGGAACCUAUCAGGACUGGUGCGAGGCAAUGUCUACAUACCCGAGGACAUAUGAUCUCCUUCAUGCAGAUUGGGUGUUCAGUCUCUACAAGGGCAGAUGUGAAAUGGAAGACAUACUGUUGGAGAUGGAUCGAAUCCUUAGGCCCGAGGGGACGGUGAUCGUUAGGGACGACGUCGAUGUCUUAAUUAAGAUCAAGAGCGUCACGGAUGGAAUGAGAUGGGAUAGCGAAAUCGCCGAUCACGAAGACGGCCCGCAUCAGAGGGAGAAGCUUCUUGUGGUGGUGAAGACGUAUUGGACAGCACCAGACCAAAACCAAGAACAGCCAAACGGAUCUGCCUAGCAUUCAUUUUCUAUAUUUCUUUCGGCCUAUAAUUUUGUGGAGUUGACAUUAACAGUAGAAAGUGAAUCUCUAGCUUGCAUAUUCCAUUUGAUGAGGA